UAAGCGAGCAAAACAAAAACAAAAACGGAUAGCGUUUUAUUAACAUUUUGUGGCGCGAAUUUGUUUAUAACAAAUGAACGGUGCACGAAAAUUAAAGUCGCUGCGAACAGUGCGACUGGGCGAUGUGCUAUACGAUGACCAGAAGCGCCUGAUGAUGCUGUGCCGCAGCUGCGACCGCCACUUCGUAACGUUCGAGGCGUUCCAGAAGCACUUGAACGACUGCUCCGGCCUGAAGCAUAUAGUAACGCCAUCGGAACUGCUCAGCUACGACGAGGCCAAGCGGGAGACGAGGCUCGUGGGUGGCAGGCAGGAGCUCCACAUCUACGACAUCGAGGGCGUGAAGCUUUCUAGCACCUUCGACUUGGAGGCUGAGCUAGAGGAUCCGCGCUGGUACACCGAUCCGAAGCCGAGUCUCAGCCCAGUGAGAAUCAAAUCGGAUCUGGCCAAGGAAAAUGUGGUGGAGAUUAAGCUGCAGCUGCCGCAGGAUGAACCUGAAGAGGAUGUGCCGCCACCGAAGCGUCCGCGCACUCUUAGCAAUCCCCGCCGGCCAAUCCUGACUGCCCAGCAGCAGCGAAAGACGCGCAGCACCAACGGCCACCCAACGGUGACCCAAGGCCCAAUGGUGAAAACGAAAAAGAAGGAACCUAUUCUGGUGCCCACCGUCAUGGAGGAACUCAAGCGCUUGCAGGUGGUCCCCAAGAAAAAGAGUCCAACUGGAGCAGCGUCAUCGGGUGCAUCUCAGUCACCUUCCAGUCGGACAUCUCGACUGGCUACCAAGCACACACCAUUGUCACCGCCAAAGACAUCCCCAGUGGCUUCCCAAAUGACAUCCGAAUCGAAGCUUCCCAUGGUGAGCAUACCGAUGGAUGGCACCCAGAAAAUCCUCAACAAGCUGCGGGCCUGCGGCGUGGAGGUGAAACGUGGAAAUACCAUUCUGACUCCGCCGGGUGAAGCUAGUUCAACCAAAAACCAGGAGGCCCUGGACAUCAUGCGCAAGCUGCAGUCCAAGGGCAUCCGAUGCACCAAAGUAACCAAACAGUAGUUCAUAGCGUUCGUAGGCUGAUAGUUGUAAUUGCUUCUCUUUACAUGUAAGCUAUAUA